GGCGUUCCAUUCAUGGCACUUUGAGAGCACACCAAAUUUUAGCGCAUCGAAUCGAAUCGAAUACGAGUACCAUGAAGAAACAUUCCAAGCUCUUCUUGCUGUCUGGAGCAGCGUUUAUCGCGGUCGCCGUGAUUUUCAAUAUCAUGACGAUAAGCACGUUUGAGAAACAUWCGCAUGGCGGUGCUGCCGAACGGCAGCCAUCCAUGCUGUCCAUAGCUUUGGCGAAACAAMAUUUCWYGGUGGAMAAGCAGGCGGGAUCGUCYAGCGUCAUGAAARAGAAGCAUGAUCGUUUGUCUGCAGAUKUCGGUCCAGCCGCCAAURAAAAGGACAAAGAAACAGCAGAAAAGACGACAACCAUCGAUGCGAUAGGAGAAGCGAACCCUGCAGUGAAAGAAAACAAAAACGAGACCRCAGAGAAAAUUCGGCUUGUUUUGCCUCCGAAGGAGAUCGAAUGGAUACGGAACCGCGUCGACCUGUWCCACAAUGUUUACAAUACCAAAAGGGAASUCAAUGCACGAAAGAAAAGGAUAGAAAAGGCCGCCACGGAUCCGGAACGUUUUUACUACAACGAAACAACGGGUUUCACCAAAUACCAGGAGGACAAGGAAGGGCCCUGGCUCGAUUUUAUGAUUGCUGGCCAUCCCAAGACCGGAACAACCACCCUGGUCGCCAAUCUGGCCAACGUCGCGCCCAUGAAAGUAAAGGAUUUUUGCGUCGCUACUAUGGACGGGGUAYUGAGAUUCGUAUACAAAARGUGGCUGGAUAAAUUCCCCGAGAUUCAGGACCUUCCCGAUAAAUACAUUCCCGAUCGAAACCUACAAAUGAGGGGGGCCAAGUGCCCACGGUACCUUUCCGAUCCCUUACUCCUUCUGGGAUACGGGUACGCCUAUCCGAGAACAAAACUGAUCAUCGGGAUCCGCCAUCCGGUUCUGUGGUUCACCAGUUUCUUCAACAUGGGCAACGUCGGAGAUCUCUACACGCGAAUGAAGCUCUGCCCGCACUACAGCAACAUCGAUCCCUUCACCGGCAUCCCCAAGUCGCCCGUAAGCACCGCCAUCGACAAGGAUGGCAAACAAAUACCACCCGAACUAUGCAUCGGCGAGUGCCGUUGCGGGAUCCCCGUUUGUUUCCAUCGAUCCCGUCUGCAUCUUCCCCUGGCCCGAGUCGGAAAAACGCCCCUCUCUACCAAGGAAGAACGGGACCUACUGGCACCGGGGGACCCCGAUGGUGGGGAGAACCUGUUCAACGGGAAGCUCCGAAAUCCUGUUUUUGUGUACGACCAGACCCAGAUGAAGGAUGGCUCGUACUGGGACGAGCUCGCCCAGUUUUUGGGACUCAGCUACAUCCCCAAUGCGCACUACCAUGCCGCCCACGGACAAGGCCACAACAAAACCCUGUGUGUCGAUUACCUCGACGAGUUCCGGUCCAAAAUGAUGGCGCAUUCCUACAACAUGUCCGUUUGGCUCGAGAAUUAUUUUUUGCCCGUGGGCCUWGAUCCCAACCGACCAGAUGUUGUCAUUGCCAAUCCCGAGAGCUUUCGAGCGGURCUUCAGACCUACAAAGAAGAUCCCUGCCGGCGUUUGGUCCGACGGGAAUCCGAUGGCGAGUACAUUCUGGAUCCGAGCCUCGGCGAGGGCACCCUUGCGGUGUAUUCCACAAAAAGAGAGGACUGCMCAGCGUCCUAUCCGAAAUCUCAAGCCGAGAAAGAUAUGCAUCAGCAACGAAAGAAAGCCGCACGAUUACGGAGAGGGAUGGAGGAAAAUGGMCUCGUUCCGAGACAGGGGAAACGGAAGAAAAAUAGAGGACAAUUAGUCAYCUAGCUUCAACCUACUAGCGGGGUACGAAGGUACGGUCACGAUGCGCAAAACAACAACUCAACCUUUUCUAUGAAGGCAGUAUCCACACGUUCUCAAYAGAUGAACAGUUGUCAAACUUUUUUAUUGCAUUCUGAAAGGUCRGUUUCGUAUUCUUCAAGGUUAUAAACAAAAGAUAUAGAG